CCUUGAGCGCAACCAUCGCCCGUCGGGUAAAGAAGUCAGUCGUGGACAGGCCGGUAACCAGCAACGAUGCAAACUGCUCUCAUGUGCAUGUCCUAUGCUAAAUUGCUUAGAACAUUACCAACAGCGGAAUAUGCCGCAAGUAGUCGUUUAAUUACGGACCAUAUUAGGGGCAAAGUAAAGAGUCCUCACGCUGAUGUUAAAAUCAGAGGAAUGGAAGUACUGCGAAACAAUCGGUUGAAUAAGGGCAUGGCCUUCACACUGAAGGAAAGGCAAAUGCUAGGAAUCCAUGGGCUGUUGCCACCUGUCUUCUUCACCCAGGAUCAGCAAGCAAAGCGAGUUAUGGCUGAAUUUGGCCGCUGGGGGUCAGAUCUUGACCGAUACAUCUACAUAAGUUCACUACAGGACCGUAAUGAGAAGCUGUUCUACAAAGUACUGUGUGAGAACAUUGAAGAAUGUAUGCCCAUCGUUUACACCCCCACAGUCGGGCAGGCCUGCCAGAAUUGGGGCAAGAUCUUCAGAAAGCCCAAAGGCCUGUACAUUACGAUCCACGACGCUGGGCACGUAUACGAUAUUCUUGGCAACUGGCCAGAUCAGGAAGUGAAGGCCAUCGUGAUUACGGACGGAGAGCGCAUCCUAGGUCUUGGUGAUCUAGGAGCGUAUGGCAUGGGGAUACCUGUCGGAAAGCUUGCUCUCUACACUGCACUCGGUGGCGUAAAGCCAGAGUACUGCCUGCCUAUUUGCGUGGACGUGGGCACAAACAACAGAACUUUGCUGGAUGACAAGUAUUACUUCGGCCUGCGACACAAGCGAGUCACCGGUCCAGUAUACGAUGACCUCAUUCAGGAGAUCAUGGAGGCCAUUGUCAAGAGGUUUGGACAGGACACACUGGUUCAGUUUGAAGAUUUUGGAAACCACAAUGCUUUCCGCUUUAAGGAAAAAUAUAAGCACCAGUACUGCACAUUCAACGAUGACAUACAAGGUACCGCCUCUGUAGUCGUCGCUGGAAUCUUGGCAGCUAAGAGAAUCGUGAAUAAGCCGCUGAAGGACAACCUGUAUCUGAUGCAGGGUGCCGGAGAGGCUAACUUGGGCAUUGCCACACUAUUAGCCAUGGCAAUGGAAAAGGAGGGUUUGACGCACGAGGAAGCUCUCGAGAGAAUCUGGAUGGUUGACUCUAAGGGUCUGCUUGUCAAGAACCGACCCAAGGGAGGCAUCACCCCAGAGAAAGCUCCAUUCGCACGGGACCAUGAGCCAAUCGACAUUUUCGGAGAUGUGGUGAAGGCGCUAAAGCCCACCUGUCUCAUCGGUGCUGCCGCCAUGGCCGGUUCUUUCACCGAGGAAAUCCUGAAGGACAUGGCUUCAUACAAUGAUCGUCCACUAAUCUUCGCACUGAGCAACCCGACCAGUAAGGCCGAGUGCACCGCGGAGGAGGCCUAUCACUUCACUGAGGGCCGCGCCGUGUUUGCGUCCGGUAGCCCAUUUGAUCCCGUCACCUAUGGAGACAAGACCUUCUACCCCGGGCAGGGCAACAACGCGUACAUCUUUCCGGGCAUGGCGCUGGGCGUCAUCAGCUGUGGCGUGCGGCACGUGAGGAACCACUACUUCUUGUUCGCAUCCGAGGCGCUGGCCAACCUCGUCACGGAGGCGCACCUCGCCGAAGGCCGCCUCUACCCGCCGCUCACCGACAUCCGCGACAUCUCCGUGCAGAUCGCCGUCAGCAUCGCCGAUCACGCCUACGAGCAGAAGUACGCCGCCUACUACCCGGAGCCCGAGGACAAGGAGGCGUUCAUCCGCUCGCAUCUCUACUCGUUCGCCUACGAGAACUUCGAGCCGAUCACGUGGAACCUGCCCGAGGCCGCCUACCUCGGCGAGACGAUAUAAGUGCCGCGUCGGGCGGCGGCGGCGGUGGCGGUGGCGGCGGUGCG